GUAAAACUCACAUCCAUAUUCAACAUGAUACAGGACAAAAACUACGUCAUGUACCCACUUAAAGUAGAUGAUAUACUUGUCUUAUGUGAUUCACAACAAAACGCUUGUGCAGAUUCGGGACUUCUACUUCCGUGCGAAUAAAUAUGUUUGUAUUUCCGAUAGUUAAUAAGAUGAGGAUAUAAAAACUAAGAUGUAGGAAAUAGUGAAUUAAAGCUUAUAUGAUAGUGAUACGACAACAACCUAUAGUUUUAUACUAACAACAAGAGGUAUAAACAAAUUAAAAACAACAGAGAGCGUUAAAAAUGAGGAAAAUAUACAUUUUAGAUUAUGCUGUAGAUGUUGACUGUAAUCCAGUUUUACUGGCAACGUUUAUUUGUAUUGUGGUGGUUUUAGUAUGGCAACGUGUUAUAAGUAGAAUGAACUCUUUGCCGGGGCCACGCCGUUGGCCUGUCUUAGGCAACAUACCUGCACUGGCUGGUUCUCAAAGUCUUUACAAAAGAUUACUGGAGUUAAGAAAAGACUACGGUGACAUCAUUCAGUUACGAAUGGGACCUUCCAUGAAUCUUGUGGUAGUUUUCGGUCAAGAUUUGAUUAAAGAGUUACUUGUAGAUAAUGCAGAUAAAACAGAAUUCAGACCAAAUUGGCUGUAUGUUCCAGACACAAUGUUUAACAAAACAGGAAUAAUUUGGAGCAAUGGAAAACACUGGACUCACCUCCGGAAAUUUGCUAUUCACGCAUUGAAAGACUUAGGGGCAGAAAAGUCUAAUCUUGAGCAGACCAUCCAAGUGGAAACAAACUUCUUAAUAACUGCUAUGUGUAAAGAAAAUAAUGCACAGAUGGAUAAACUUCUUCCUAAAGCUGUGUCAAAUAUCAUUUCAAAUAUAGUUUUUGGUUCCAGGUUUGAAUACAACGACUCUGACUUUGAAAUGAUACUUAAUGUACUGGAGUAUAUCUUCAAACAUGCUGGCCUUCAUCUUCCGGAAAAUUUCAUGCCAAUUUUAGCAAAUUUAAUGCCAAAUUCUGAGGCUAGAAGUUGUUUCGAAGAGAAGGAAAAAAUAGACGACUAUGUGAAAAAGCAGAUAGAAAAACACAAAGAAAACUAUAAUUCAUCUGAAACAAGAGAUUUCAUAGAUAUAUACCUCCAUCAGCUCUACAGUGAAAAUGAAAGUAACAUACCAGAAAGAAGUUUAUUUCAUAUGAUAUUUGACCUAUUUGCUGCUGGUUCAGAGACAACAUCGACAACAUUAUUAUGGAUUAUUUUGUAUCUUAUAAAAUACCCAAGUGUACAAGACCUCUGUAGAACAGAAAUUACGACGGUUGCAGGUCUAAGACAAGUGUCUUACGCAGAUAAAGAUAAAAUGCCCUACACUUUAGCAGUUAUAGACGAAGUGCAAAGAAUAGCUAGUAUAGGUCCAAUUGGUUUACCAAGAGCCUGUAUGGAAGAUGUGAGCAUAUCUGGUAGAAUUAUCCCUAAGCACUCCGUCAUCAUACCACAUUUUAUGUCAGCACAUUAUGAUGAAAAGUAUUGGGAAAAUCCCACAGAAUUUCAACCAGAAAGGUUUCUAACAGAUGAUGGAAAACAUAUCAAACAUCACAAAGCAUUUCAUCCAUUUUCUCUUGGAUCGAGGACAUGUAUAGGAAAGAAUGUUGCUGAAAUGGAACUAUUUCUUUUCACUACAACUCUAAUUCAACGUUGUAGACUGCAGCAUGCCACACCAUACGAGCCAUUAGAUAUGGAGGGUGUCCAGUCUGGUAUCACACUCCUCCCUAAACCAUACAAAGUUCGCAUCAGAGACAGAUCAUGUUCCUUGGGAGUAGAAAGACAAAUAUCUAUUUACUGAUGUAAAUAAGUACAAUGGAAUAAAUGUUCACAGUAACGACAGCUGUUUGCAUGACACCAUAUACAUAAGACCAGAUAUAUGAUAUGACUGGUUCGUCCAAAAUAGUUAUACGUAUAUACAUAGUGCGACUGUUGUUUAACUGUAAUAAAAUCUAACCGGGUGCAAAACGAUUUAAUUUGAACUGUUAAACUAUACUAUAAUAUACACAAAGAUUAAGUCAUAGCUAAAACUAAUACAUAAAGAGUUAUCAUUCCAUUCACACAGUCACGUCUCAGCCAUUACAGCUGACCGAACGUACCAGGUCAGCUCCUGUUUACACGCUUGUCACUAGAUGUACCUUUGAUAGCUGGUUAGCUAGGGUGUAUGACAUAUUUGUCUGUGACUACUGAAAUCUAAUUCAACACCGUACAGUAAAGUCACCUGCUGAUAGCAGAGACAGCCAGUGUGGUUGUGUGAGUAUAUGUGUUCAAAGCCAUCAGAGGAUCCUAUAUCCGUGGUGAUAAUAGACCUGCCAUUUAACUGUCUGGUUACCAGUUUGACAAGACUGUCUGCAAUUAUCCCCGUCAAUGUCAUCUACUCAUUUAUCCGUUUAGUUGCAUCGACAUGGCCAGUUAGUGGGAUGCCCUGGCCCCGAAAAUAGCCGUGGUUAAUAAAUCUUCAACAAGUCACGCGACACCUAAACAUCACAAUACAAGGCUGGCAACUUAUUACCACAACAUUGUGAUAACGCAUCGACAACUAUAGAAGCAAUAGUGCGUAGGCAGCAAAUCAUAAAAUAAAGCUAAGAACCGUCCGACUUAAGUUGUUCUUUAGGACGUCAAUCUCACUGUCCAACUACCACUUCAUGAAGAGCCAUUAUACAACAUACUGGCUAAAAAGAAACAAUAGUUUAUAGCGUUGUAUCGAGAAUAAGAAUAUAAACAUAACUAACUGUGUGUGUUUUGACAAAGACGAGGAAUGUUCUUAUCAUAUGUCUAACAUAUUUUAUAGAAAGUAUUGUGAUUAAAAAAUUUAAAAAGUAA